AUGAGGAUUUUCCUGGUUUGGACCCUUUUCCCAGGUGGCUGGGCGGUGACAGGCCCCACGCAAGUGAUGGCCGAGCAGGGCGGCUCGCUGGCUGUGUCCUGCAGCUAUGAGCCGGGCUACGAGUUCCACCCCAAGUACUGGUGCCGCCUGGGCUUCCUCUGGUUUUGCUUCACCUACAUUGUCCAAACCGACGGCUCGGAGGUGAUGGUGACGCAAGGCAGGGUGUCCAUCGGGGACAACCAUGCAGCACGCUCAUUCACGGUGAUGCUGGACGGUGUCAUGCUGGGAGACGCAGACUGGUACUCCUGCGGGCUGAGGAGGAGCCUGUGGUUCAACCUGUGGCACAACACCGAGGUGAUGGUCUCCACAGCUGUUUCAACCACAACCGAGGGCAGCGAUGUGAGCCCAUUGGCCACCGACCCCCUGUGCUCCACAGACUGUGGAGGGGAGCCUCCAGUGCUGUCCCAGCUUGGUGUCACCUACCUGCUGCUCUUCCUCAGCGUGAAGGUGCCUGUGGCACUGGGCCUGGCAUGUGCUGGGAGCCCACCGGGAGCGCAGGGGCCGGGGCUGUGCUUCCACCCGCUGGGGUCCCAACUCCUCGGUUAUUGUCUGCUCCUGGUGGGUUUGAAGGGCCUCAUCUUCCUGGACCUGGCCGGUGCCACCUCCUGGGUGAACACACGGGAGCGGGAAAGCUCCAGGAGGGGGGCACCAGGGGAGCAGGCUGCGGCAAUUGUUUAUACCUGUGCUGAUGACAUCAUCAUCACCACGGAGCAGCAGCCCAUGGUGUGGUGGGACCGAUUCUCCAUCUGGGACAACCGUACACAGCGGGUGUUCAUGGUCACCGUGAAUGGCCUGACCAAGGAGGACGCGGGCACCUACCGCUGUGGGGUGCGAACAGGCAUAACCAGUCGUGAUGAUAGUGACACUGUGAAGGUGAUCUUGUCCCCAGGUCAGUACUCGUGGGUCCCCCGGGUCCAGCGUUGGUUUGUCCCCCUCCGAGUGCUGGGAGCGGGGACUGCAGGGAGGGACAGCCUGGAGGAGGGAGCGGAUGCCUUGAUCUACGCAGACAUUAACCACGGUGCGGGCACAGCCGAGAGCCAGUUGUACAGCAAUGCCGAGGCUUUCCGCCGCUCGGCAAACACCAUGACCGAAUACACAGAGGUCAAGCAGUAG